AUGAAAAAACUGUAUGAACUUUAUGAUUAUUACCAGUCUUUUUCUGAUGAAAGAAAAUAUAGUGGAGAUAUAGAAAAUUGUAAUACACUUAGUCAAGUAAUUAAUGAUUAUAACACUAUAAUAAAUGAUAAUCAAUAUAAAAAUAGUAUUUAUUUAUUUAAGGAAUUAAAAAUUUUUAAAUGCUUAAUUGAAAAAAAUGAUUUAUUUACAUCAGGUAAAUGUGAUUUAAAUUCGUUAAAAUUCACAACACCUGAAGGUCAUUCUUUAGAAUGUGAAAAAUCAUAUAAAUAUAAUGAAAAAAUAAGCGCUGCAAUAACAAUAUCUCUCAUUGGUGGAAUGACAGGAAUAAUUAUUCUUUAUAAAUACAUUACGAUAUACAAUUUUAAAAUUUUCAUUAAUAUUAGUAUACUCCUUUUGGUUCUUGGAUAA